CUUGCGCUCCAGGAAGCUGAGCUCCUGCAGCAGCAUCUCUGCCCAAUGGGGGGGCGGCAGCAGCUCAGUAACUCCCUCCCCAAGGACGUGUAAAUGGGAGGAGAGAUUCGCGUUCAAAUUCUUUUUGACUCUACCCGCUCUCCGUAGCACCUUAGCGCGCUCGAGUUUCAAUGCGCGCUGUUGCUUAACGAAGCUGUGUCCUACACUCCGCCCGCUGUUCUCCCGGUCAUGGCUUCUCCGAGUUCCUUCACCUAUUAUUGUCCUCCAUCUUCCUCCCCUGUCUGGUCAGAGCCGCUGUACAGUCUGAGGCCCGAGCACGCGCGGGAGCGGUUGCAAGACGACUCGGUGGAAACAGUCACGUCCAUAGAACAGGCAAAAGUAGAAGAAAAGAUCCAAGAGGUCUUCAGUUCUUACAAGUUCAACCACCUUGUACCAAGGCUCAUUUUACAGAGGGAGAAGCACUUCCAUUAUUUGAAGAGGGGCCUCCGACAACUGACAGAUGCCUAUGAGUGUCUGGAUGCCAGCCGCCCAUGGCUCUGCUACUGGAUCUUGCACAGCUUGGAGCUACUGGACGAACCCAUCCCCCAGACAGUGGCCACAGAUGUGUGUCAGUUCCUGGAGCUGUGUCAGAGCCCAGACGGCGGCUUUGGAGGGGGCCCUGGGCAGUACCCACACCUCGCCCCCACAUAUGCAGCGGUCAACGCCCUGUGCAUCAUUGGCACCGAGGAGGCCUAUGAUGUCAUUAACAGAGAGAAGCUUCUGCAGUAUUUGUACUCGCUGAAGCAGCCCGAUGGCUCUUUUCUCAUGCAUGUUGGAGGUGAGGUGGAUGUGAGAAGUGCGUACUGUGCCACCUCAGUCGCCUCUUUGACCAACACCAUCACUCCAGACCUCUUUGAGGGCACAGCCGAGUGGAUAGCAAGGUGCCAGAACUGGGAAGGCGGCAUUGGCGGGGUGCCAGGGAUGGAAGCCCACGGCGGCUAUACUUUCUGUGGCCUGGCUGCGCUGGUAAUUCUCAACAAGGAACGUUACUUGAACUUGAAGAGCUUAUUACAAUGGGUGACAAGCCGGCAGAUGCGAUUUGAAGGAGGAUUUCAGGGCCGAUGCAACAAGCUGGUGGAUGGCUGCUACUCCUUCUGGCAGGCAGGACUCCUGCCCCUGCUCCACCGUGCGCUGCAUGCCCAAGGUGACCCUGCCCUCAGCAUGAGUCACUGGAUGUUCCAUCAGCAGGCCCUGCAGGAGUAUAUCCUGAUGUGCUGCCAAUGCCCGGCAGGGGGUCUUCUGGAUAAACCUGGCAAAUCGCGCGACUUCUACCAUACCUGCUACUGCCUGAGCGGCCUGUCCAUAGCCCAGCACUUCGGCAGUGGUGCCAUGCUGCAUGAUGUGGUCCUGGGCGUGCCUGAGAAUGCUCUGCAGCCCACUCACCCCGUGUACAACAUUGGACCAGACAAGGUGAUCCAGGCCACCACGUACUUUCUGCAGAAGCCAGUCCCAGGCUUCGAGGAGCAAGAGGAUGAGGCAAGAGCAGAGCCUGCAAUGGACUAGAUGCAUAGUACAUUGUGUGCUACACAAGCCUUAGCCACUACGGAGCUGUGGUUCUCUCUGUCCUUUCUUGUCAAACAAAACAAAACCAAUGGCUCUAGGUUUGGAGAACACAGCAGUGUGGUUAUUAAAAUUCUUUCCACCUGUCAAAAUGAAAAUCUGUGACCUGCAAGGAGCAGCUGGGGAGCAGUGCAUGCUGGGAGGAAGCAGCCUCUCCCCGCCCGCUUGCAGCCUGGGCAGUCAUGUUGCGAUGAAUGGUGUCUGUGAGUCUUACAGCACCCAGAGCACUGCUGUUACUCCCACUCGCAUGCCACCAUUAAAUCGCCAAACAGGGUCUUUCCUGUGGGUGGAAAUAAGUCUGUUUCAUGCCAAGAUUGGGGGCUUUGGGUCCCACCAAAAUGAAUUCUCUGGAAAAGACUAUGGUGGAGCUGCAGCAGAAGAUGCCUCUGCCUCUCACCUCCCUCCCUGGUCAUCUGCAAGG